UAUACGUUCGCGUGAUUCGCAUCGUUCAAUCUCAUUUUGGAUAUUGGACUGGACGGAUCAACAUUUUUCGCGAGCCGACUACGGAAUUUAUAAAGCAAUAUUAAAACGCCGAUAUACCUUUUCACUGGAUCAUUUGACAAUGGAUUUCGAAGUAGAUUUGACUACAGAAUUGACAAUCGAUUUGACAGCGCAUCAAGAAAAUGUGACAACUGAUUCGGAUAAACCUGAUAGGAUAACGAAUCGGGUUACCGAAGAGCAAAAAAAUUAUAUAAUCUAUUUUGUAAUGGAAAAUCCAGAAACGAUAUCGCACAGUUCAACUCAAGCUUCGGAAGCAGUUUUAUGGAAUGAUUUGAUAACACAUCUCAAUAGUCUGAAACCGGUAAAGUCAUUACGUAAUUGGAGACGGUACACACUUAGAUUGAUAAACCAUCUGAAAAUCACACCAGAUUUAGUUCUAACCGAUGAGGAAACGAAAUUCAAACGCUUCGUGAAAAAACUUUUGGGAACUGCAGACCCGGAAUCUACCGAAGAAGCCAGCGAAACCGAUUUCACAGAAGUCGUCAUCGAGAGCGAAGAAGACAUUCGAAAUGCAGACAAACUUGAGCUGGAAAAGGCUAAACUGAAGUUGGAUAUUAUCGUAAAUGAUUUGGGUGUAGAGCGACUUAACAAUCUUAUUUUGUUUCUUAAGGGCCAAAAUAGACGAUGCCUGAAGAAGGUGAAACGUCUCUGUGCAAAUAAAGCAUAUUUACAGAUGCGGUUAAGAGAAUUCCGAGAAGCACGAGCACUGUCAGAGGAGUAAUUAUUAAAUGUAUAAAUUUGUAAAUAUGUUGACGCAAUAAAUAAUCUGCAUACUUUGUUA